AUGCAGAUCAGUGGGGUAGUUGAUCAACUGCGGAUCUCCGGAUUUUGUCACGGCGUUCGGAAUAAUCAGUUAGUUGAGAAAUUGCACGAAAAUCUACCGAAGACGAUGGAGGUACUAAUGGAACGGGCCAGAGCUUUCGCUCGAGGCAAGAAUGCAUGUAAUCCUACUCCAGAGUCAGACCACAAGAUGUCUUCAUGGAAGAAAAAUGGUGGAUCGGUGUUUGAUAAGACUCCACCAGGGAGCAGGGGACGAUCACAUCCUUACGGUAGAAACGACAGACCUCCACGAGGGAAAAGCUCCGGAUCACGAUUUUACAAUUUAUCGGAUCUCUCCAAAACUCCCAGUGAAAUUCUCAGUGCGGAGGGGAUGAAUUUUCCCGCCCCACCAAAACUUCGGAACCCAGGAGACAAAAAUUCAAAGAAAUAUUGUGACUACCAUCAUGCUCGGGGUCACAAUACAGAUGACUGUUGGUCUUUGAAGCAAGAAAUAGAAAAGGCGGUACGGUCCGGGAAGCUAUCGCACCUAGUCAAAGAAGUAAAGGAAGGAAAAUCUUCCGGAAAUUUGGGAGAAAAUCCGAAUAAUCAACCGGCAAUUUGCAUGAUCCGCAGGGCAAACAACCAAGGCAUCAAGCGGACCAGUCAGCAUUUGGCCGCCUGGAUGCAGCAACCCAUUGGUUUCCCACCUGUCAGCUUGGAAGAUGUCAAGGACGGACCGGUCAUAGUGUCCGCAAUCAUUGCAGGACACAAGGUUCGGAGAGUAUAUGUCGAUAGCGGAAGCGCCACCGAGAUUAUGUACAAGCAGUGCUUUCAACAAUUAGCCCCACAGACUAAGGCGAAAUUGCUUCAAGUGUCAAUGCCUCUGGUCAGUUUCUCCGGAGAAGUGGUUCAGCCUUUGGGCCAAAUCACUCUUCCAACAACAAUGGGAGAAGGGAGUUUGGUCCGAACUGUCAACUUGACGUAUCUAGUGGUGGAAGCACGAUCCGUUCACAAUGUCAUACUCGGAAGACCUGGUAUGUGCGCCUUCGGAAUGAUCAGUUCAACUAUACAUGGAGCGUUAAAAUUCCCCACUGAAGCCGGAAUAGCAACACUGUACUCCGAAUCAGCAAUCGGUGUAGCUGAAAUACGACAAAGCGAGGGUAAUACCGAACUUCCUAAUACUCUCACAGAAGAAUGGGCCAUACACCCACAUUUUCCAGAGCAAAAAAUUGCAAUCGGAGCUCAGCUUCCCAAGCAAACUAAGAAGAAGUUGUGGAAACUCUUGUCCAAUUCACUUGAUGUGUUCGCCUGGCAAACCUCUGACAUGGUUGGAGUUCCCCGGUGUUUGGCCGAACAUAAGUUAAACGUGUCACACUCAAUAAAACCAGUAGCACAGAGAAAAAGAAACAUGGCUCCGGCUCGUAACAAGGCCAUCUCCGAAGACGUACGAAAAUUGUUGAGCGCCGGUAUUAUAAGAGAGGUGCGUUACCAAACCUGGGUCUCUAAUCCAGUAAUGGUAACCAAGAAGGAUAAAACAUGGAGGAUGUGCGUUGAUUUCUGGGACCUAAACAAUGCGUGCCCAAAGGAUUGCUAUCCUCUGCCGGAGAUUGAUUUGAAGAUAGACUCCCUCUCAAGUUUCCGUCUCAAGUGCUUCUUGGAUGCGUAUAAGGGUUAUCAUCAAAUCCAAAUGGCUUCAGAGGACGAAGAUAAGACCGCGUUCGUAACAAACGAGGGACUGUUCUGUUAUACCAAAAUGCCAUUCCGUCUAAAAAACGCCGGAGCCACAUACCAGAGACUGAUGGAUAAAGCGUUCAAAGCUCAGAUCGGAAGAAACUUGGAGAUCUAUGUCGAUGACUUGGUCAUAAAAAGCCGAGAGGAAGAUGACAUGAUAGACGACAUACUCGAAACCUUUACAAGGCUUCGGAGUAUCAACCUCAAACUCAAUCCCAAGAAAUGCUCUUUCGGCUUGGAAGAGGGAAAAUUCCUCGGGGUAUGGGUCACACGAUCCGGAAUCCAGGCGCACCCGGAUAAAAUCAAGGCAGUAGUCUCCAUGCAGUCUCCUAAAACCAUCAAAGAGAUCCAAUCCCUAAAUGGGAAACUCGUCGCUCUUCAUCGUUUUGUUUCAAAAGCGGCAGACCGCUCCAUCCCUUUCAUGAACGUAUUAAAAAAGCGAACGGCAAAAGGCCAAAUAGAAUGGACGCCAGAAGCAGACUCGGAAUUUCAGGAAUUAAAAGUAUGCCUUGGGUCCCUGCCCACUUUGACCGCACCAUCUACCGGAGAAACCGUCACGGUAUAUCUAUCUGCGUCCCACUUUGCGAUAAGCGCAGUACUCGUAGUUCACCGGAACCAGGCACAAAUCCCGGUCUAUUACGUAAGCCGCAUCUUAAAAGACUAUGAAACUCGGUACCCGAUGGUAGAAAAAUUGGCACUCGCCUUGGUACAUGCUUCCAGACGCCUCCGAAGGUACUUCCAAGCUUUUAAUAUAGAAGUACAGACCGAUCUCCAGAUCCAGCAAAUCCUCAGGAAGCCAGAGGUCUCCGGGCGUCUCACCAAAUGGGCAAUAGAGCUCAGUGCUUUUGAUAUCACCUAUCGUACCAGAGGUCCAGUAAAAGGGCAGGCAGUAGCUGAUUUCCUCACAGAAGUCCCGACUGGAGAAAGCAUCAAAGGACAACCCAUCUUACCGAAGGUAUGGAACCUGUAUACGGACGGGGCUUCCAGCAAAGAAGGGUCGGGAGCAGGGUUAAUUCUGAUAGAUCCGGAGGGAAUAGAGUACACUUACGCAUUGCGUUUCGAAUUCAAGACGUCAAAUAAUGAAGCAGAGUAUGAGGCUCUCCUUGCAGGCUUGCAAACCGCAGCCAAAGCAGGUGCAACCUCCGUAUUAGCUCCUGUCGAUUCAUUGCUGGUAGCCAAUCAAGUCAGUGGCGAAUCGAGGCACGAGAAGAUAAUAUGGUUCGGUAUCUACAGCAGGUCAACAGUUUAA